UCAAGAAUUUUGCACGACCCGAAGCUUGUAUGGCUGAGGGAUAUUUGUCUAGUGAAUGCAUUGCGUUUUGUAUGAAGAACCCAUCCCUGCUUCUAGCAAUGGAGUGUCCAACACCGAUGACACUCAGACACAGCAAUCCGAGAUCAAAACGAGGAAGACAAGGGGUCUAACUAAAAUGCGCAGAGUGGCCAAAAAUGCAGAGGACAAGGUAGAUGUAGAGUUCAACUCCAUAGGUGAGCAUGUCGGUAGUGGAUCAGUGACACUCUCAUCCUUUCUUGGUCCUCUUGUGAGGGAGCAUGUGCCAGUAUUGCUAGAUGACUGGAGACACGUCGAAGAAACAACAAAAGACGCUUUAUGGGAAGAGAUUCAGGGGAGGUUCAACUUGACAGAGGAAUGGCAAAAAGAUGCAGUGUUUAAGCAGAUGGGUUGCUUGUGGAGGGCCUCGAAAUCUAGGCUGACUUCUAUAGUCCGUGCUAUUAAAAACAAGGCUCAGAUACAGAAAAUGAAGCCUAGCAACAUCCAAUCUUCUUCUGCUUGGAACAGUUGGGUGAAAGCUAGGUGCACCAAAGAUUUUAAGGUACAAAGUGAUAAAUACAGGAGACUUAGGAAGAUUCAAAUUCCGCACACAACAAGCCGAAAAGGCAUGAGUCGCCUAGCUCAUGAGAUGAAAAGAAACAGCGAUGAUCCUAAGAAAGUUACUAGAACUAAGGUUUGGGUAGCAGGACAUACGUAUCGAGAUGGGAGACCCGUGAAUGAAGCACACGCUGAAACUAUUGAAAAGAUUAAGACAAUUGACAGUGAAAUAGAUUCUAACUCCUCGGAUAACAUUGGUGAAGAUGCUGUGAGUCAAGUUCUCGGAAAAGAGAGACCAGGAAGAGUUAGGGGGAUGGGCAGAGGAGCCACUAUUACGAAGAUGGCUUACUUACAAGCUAGAGACAAACAUGUCCAGAAGCUUGAAGCUACUCAAGCGGAAUUAAUAACCAAGCUUGAAAAGUUGCAAAAUGUUGUUAUUGACUUAGCUGGCAAAAAGACACAUAAAGAUGAUGUUUCUAGUUCUGAAAGAAGCGAUGGUAGCAAGAGAGGAAUAAGGUGCCAGAUACUGGAUUGGAUUUCGAUUGAUGAUGUGGUUGUAGGUGAAGGAGAAUACUACUCAAGUGAACCCACAUAUAAGAUUGGUCGAAUUCCUCUGGGUCCUAAUGCGGCCGCUGUAAUUGUCAACUCUGUAGCAGUCGAAGAUGCAUGUGUCUGGAGACCAACUACAAGUAUUGGAACACUUGCUGAAGCUGUAGGAGUUAAAAUUGCAUGGCCAUCCGACAAGUUAAUAUUGGACGAUGCUAUUGACUUCUCAAAACAUGCUAACACUGUCGGGUCAGAGACUAUGGAUGCAUCAGUAGGAAGGGUACAAAUAUUUGAUUACUGGAAUGUAGAAGAUGAGUUGAUUGCUGAGGGUGUACUGGUGUCAACUGAACCUAACCAAUUGGUGAACGAUAUUCCGCUUGGACCGAAUGCUGCAGUUAUAAAAGUUGAAGUAGUUGUUAAAGAUUCUGCUUUCUUAUGGAGACCAGCGCCUGGAAUGUCAAACAUGGGUGAUGCACUACAUCAGAUCAUUGCUUGGCCAAUUGAUAGGGCACGACUAUCUGAUACAACUGCUGAAUCAACCAAGAAACCUAACGUGAGUACUAGUAACAGCACUGGUAGUAGCAACAAAGUUGGUAGACAGAAGUGUGCUCUCUUGGACUGUCAUAACUCUGGAUAGACAGUAGCUUGGGGUCGUGUGUUUUCAACAGAUCCAGCAGACAAGGUUCAUUUCAUCCCUUUAGGUCCCAAUGCUUCUAAGGUCAUGGUAGAGGUUUCCAAAAUGGAUGAUGCACGAGUGUGGAGACCAAACUCUGAAAUUGAAGUCAUAGGUGAUGCAGUAGGGAGCACAGUGGCGUGGCCUACUGAUAAGGUUGUUUUCAUAUGAGUGAUGAGUUGUGAAAUUGAGAACUUUCAAUUGUCUUAGUACUUUGUCAUAAUUAUGAGUUUCAUGUAAUGUUGAACUUAAAAAUGAGUGUAUCUUUAUUAUAAUAAAAUUUCUAUUUCUAAA